AAGCCAAAAUAAUCUUAAAAAUGUGCCCAUCCAAUUCUCUGCUUCAAAGAUAAUGGAAUGGCAAGAAAUGUAUUCUUCAAACAAGUCAUUGCAGACCUCUCUCUGCCCAACUCAUCGCCGUUUGCUAAACUCUUGGACUCCUGCAUCAAAUCAAAGUCAGCUCGUGAUGUGGUCCGUGUACAUGCCCGUAUCCACAAAUCCCAGUUCAGCCAUGAAGUUUUCAUUAACAACAGGCUCAUUGAUGCUUAUGGGAAGUGUGGUUCUCUGGACAAUGCCCGGAAGAUGUUUGAUGGAAUGCCUCGCAGGAAUACCUUCACUUGGAAUUCAAUGAUAAGUGCAUUGACGGUGUCUGGAUUUGUUUGCGAGGCUGAGAAAUAUUUCUCUCUAAUGCCUGAGCCAGAUCAGUGCUCGUGGAACCUGAUGGUAUCUGGGUUUGCACGUCAUGAGUUUUUUAUUGAUUCGAUUGAGUAUUUCGUGAAAAUGCAUAGGGAGGAUUUUGUGGUGAAUGAUUAUUCUUAUGGUAGUGUGCUUAGCGCUUGUGCAGGGUUGAGGAACUUGAAAAUGGGUACUCAAAUCCAUGCUUCAGUGGCUAAGUCUUUGCACUCAGCUGAUGUUUAUAUUGGGUCUGCGCUUGUUGAUAUGUACUCCAAGUGUGGGAGGGUGGGUUGUGCUCAGAAGGUAUUUGAUGGAAUGGGAGAACGAAAUGUGGUAUCUUGGAACAGUCUGAUUACUUGUUAUGAACAAAAUGGGCCUGCAAUUGAAGCGCUAAGGGUCUUUGUGAAGAUGAUGAACUGUGGGAUUAAACCAGAUGAGAUGAGUUUGGCUAGUGUGGUGAGUGCUUGUGCAAGUUCAAAUGCAAUUAAAGAAGGUAAAGAAAUUCACGCACAAAUUAUGAAGUUUGAUGGAUUUAGAAAUGAUAUUGUUAUAUGCAAUGCGUUGGUUGAUAUGUAUGCAAAAUGUGGCAGAAUUUCUGCGGCAAGGUGUAUAUUUGAUAGCCUGCAAAUGAGAACUGUGGUGUCAGAGACUUCUAUGGUUACUGGAUAUGCUAGGGUAGCAAGUGUUAAGUCUGCAAGAGCACUUUUUAGUAGAAUGACUGAAAGGAAUGUAGUAUCUUGGAACGCACUUAUUGCAGGCUAUACACAAAAUGGGGAGAAUGAAGAGGCAUUAGGACUCUUUCUUCAAUUAAAACGGGAAUCUGUUUGGCCGACACAUUACACCUUUGGGAAUCUUCUAAAUGCUUGUGCAAACCUAGCUGAUUUAAAGCUGGGGAAGCAAGCUCAUGCCCAUGUUCUUAAGCAUGGAUUUCGGUUUCAGUAUGGCCCCGAACCUGAUGUUUUUGUUGGGAAUUCUCUCAUUGAUAUGUAUAUGAAAUGUGGGUCAGUUUUAGAUGGUAGUUCAGUUUUCCGAAGUAUGGUUGAGAGAGAUUAUGUUUCAUGGAAUGCCACCAUAGUAGGGUAUGCUCAAAAUGGGCAUGGAAUUGAAGCCCUUGAUUUUUUCAGGCAAAUGUUGAGAGCUGGAGAGAAGCCAGAUCAUGUAACGAUGAUUGGAGUCCUUUGUGCUUGUAGCCAUGCAGGACUGAUUGAAGAGGGGCGCCUAUAUUUUUAUUCUAUGGAGGAGUAUGGUAUAGAUCCCUUGAAGGACCACUAUACUUGUAUGGUUGAUUUACUUGGUCGAGCUGGACUUCUUAAUGAAGCAAAAAGUUUGAUUGAGUCAAUGCCUAUGCCUCCUGAUGUUGUGGUAUGGGGUUCUUUGCUUGCUGCUUGUAAAGUUCAUGGAGACAUUGAUUUAGGUAGGUUUGUUGCUGAGAAGCUUCUUGAGCUUGAUCCUAAUAAUUCUGGCCCCUAUGUUCUUCUUUCAAACAUGUAUGCUCAACUUGGGCUGUGGACAGAUGUUAAAAGAAUCCGAAAACUUAUGAGACAGCAAGGUGUUGUUAAGCAGCCUGGUUGUAGCUGGAUUGAGAUAGAGAGCAAUAUGCAUGUAUUUUUGGUAAAAGAUAAGAGGCAUCCUCAGAAGAGGGAAAUAUAUUUGCUACUGAAGACACUAACUAAAUUGAUGAGGCUAGCUGGAUAUGUACCUGAUGUAGGUGCUUUUUAUGCUGAUGAGGAGUACAGACCAGAGUACACCUCCGUAGAUGAAUUGAGCUCCCCUUUGCUUGCUUCGGCUGCACUAUGAAGAAGCUAUUACUUGUGCCCUAAUCUUGGGUAUUGCCCCUUAUGACUUCCUUUUUCAGAUGAGAUGAUGCAACAAAUAUAUGAGGGCAGAAGGUGUUGCAAGCAGCCAGCUUCCUUCUUCUUAUUCAUGAUCAAACAAAUAUAAUAAGGACAUAAAGUGUUCCAAGCAGCCUUCCUCUUGAUGAAAAAUAUACAAUAUACCUACAGUUAGUGCAUUCUUUUAAUGGUUUAUCGUUUAAAUAUACCUGCUAUCACUGUUAGGAGACAUAUAUGUGACCUACUAG